GAAUCCUUUCAAUGGUCAAGUGUUCAAUAACUAUGACAACGAAGAUAUUUACAAGGGUGUGAUAAUUGACGAACCGAAUGUUGCAGAUAGAAAACCCUCUUCCCGGGCGCCUUUGUUUUCAAGGUCUCGACGCUUGAUGGAGACCACAACUGAGGAAGAACAUGAAACCGCUUGGCGAAUACUGCACCGCGCACUUCAGCGGUCAUUUUUUGAAGACAUCCGAAAAUCGUACAUGGUCCGUUUAGUUAUACAAGAAUUCUUUUAUAGUCCAUCGAUAAUAUCUCACAAGCAUUCAUCUCGCUUUUUUCAGCUAGGCCACAUCGUCAAGGUAACGUUUCAUGACAUCGUCGUGGAUGUUACAACCCACCAUAAGCCAACGGUAAAGGUUUUGUCCAAGAAGGAUGAGCUCAUCUGUUUCAAGGAAGUGUUUGAUCAACUCCAGACGCACCGCUUCACAUUUUAUCAGGUUAUGGCCUUUACCGAACCACUUUCAGACACUGAUUCAACUAGUUAUGAACCGCAGUCUCCUAAUUCCAGUCGGUUGAUCUGCUGCUCAGAAUCGCGAUCAACUUUCUGUUGUUUGGAUGUCGAUUUGUUCGGUAAAUGUUCCUCAAAAUUGCUCGAUUUGAAUAAUGAUGCCAUUUCUCUUCUGGGAUGAUUUCUAUAAGAAAAGAAACUACAUACCUGAAGUGCACGGUGGAGUUUUCGCCAAGCAGUUUCCUGUUCUUCCUCGGUUGUGGCCUCCAUCAGGCGUCGGGACAUUGAGAGCAAAUGCACACGAGAAGAGGGUUUUCUAUCUACAACAUUCGGCUAGAACGGAGAAAACAAUGAACAAUUUACUGUUAAUAGGAGGUCUGCCAAUGCUGACUGGAAGAAUGGAGAAUCUACCCAGUCUAUCUUUCUAUAUAUCCAUGUAUCCAUCUAUCUAACAAGGUGUCCGUCUAUCUAUCCAUCUAUGCAUCAGUCUCUCUUGUCAAGCUCCCCAUCUACCGGUCUAUUUGAUUACCAAUGUACUGUCUAGUUGACAUUUGUUCUGACUAUUCAGCCGUCUGCUCUUCUGUCUUUGUGUCUAUCGCUCUGUAAUUACGAAUAUAUUUAUGCACAUAUAUGUGGAUAUAGAUGAGCAUGUACACAAAUGUGUACGUAUGCAUG